UGGCUUUAAUUGUUUGCUUCAUAGUCCAGGAUGAAGUCAGUCCAGUUGUACUUUCUUCUCUGUUGCUGGAAAGCAAUGUGCUGCAAUAGCUGUGAGCUGACCAACAUCACCAUCACAGUGGAGAAAGAGGAAUGUCGCUUCUGCCUCAGUAUCAACACCACUUGGUGUGCAGGCUACUGCUACACCCGGGAUCUGGUGUACAAGGACCCAACCAGGCGCAAUACCCAGAAAGCAUGUACCUUCAAGGAGCUGGUGUAUGAGACAGUGAGAGUGCCUGGCUGUGCUCACCAUGCAGACUCCGUAUAUACGUACCCGAUAGCCACUGAAUGUCACUGUGGCAAGUGUAACAGAGACAGUACCGACUGCACCGUGCAAGGCCUGGGGCCCAGCUACUGCUCCUUCAGUGAAAUAAAAGAAUAAGGAGCAAUGGACAUUUUAGGCUGCCUACCCCUGUCCUGAAGGACAAAGAUAUCUGAAAAGUCCAUGUGUGUACAACAUGC